AAUAAUAAUAAAUAAUCGGAGGUAACUUCCGUCCUGCCGUGUUCUGUCACGCCAGGUGUUGUCCUCCUGGGCUGCAGCUGGAUACUAUUGGGAAAAGGGGAAAAGGGGCCUAAAAAUAGUACACUACAGUAAUUACGGUACUUCAAACCCGCGUUGCAUUGUGGGUACGGCCGGCGUUUUGCUUACCAAUUUGACAUUGGGCUGUUGGAGCAGAACCAUCGGUACUGUUACAUACAGUAAACACUGCAUGAGAUAGAUGUCAUGGCAGCUCCGUUCCCCACCGUGGCUGCAGAGGGACUCCUCCUGGCCCCACCCCAAGGAUGUCCCCACAAGACCCAGGAAGCCCCAACUAUGAGUCCCCCUCCGUCGGAAUGCCCCAUGCACCAACCAAAAGCAUCAGAGUGCCCCAUGCACCAACCAACGGCAUCAGAGUGCCCCAUGCACCAACCAACGGCUGCGCCCCCCCCCAGUACCUCAUCACUUCCUGCACACCAAGAGAGGGCCUAUGAGUUCGUAGAGUGUCCCAUGAAGGCUGCAAACAGAGACAAGUUCCCUGCCCCGGACAUCAACCCUGCCAACAUGAUGCCACCGCCCAAUCAGCAGCCGUCGGCCGGACAGCCCUUCUCCUUGUCUGUGAACAGAGAGGAGUCUGGGAUACCGAGGGCGGGCUCCGACCAGAAGUGGGUGUACCCCUCUGAGCAGAUGUUUUGGAACGCUAUGCUGAGGAAAGGGUGGCGGUGGAAGGAGGAGGACAUUAAGCAGAGGGACAUGGACAACAUCAUCAAAAUACACAACCACAACAAUGAGGCGGCCUGGCACGAGAUCCUGAGAUGGGAAGCUCUCCACAAGAAGGAGUGCCCUUGUGGGCCUUCUUUGGUGCGCUUUGGAGGGAAGGCCAAGGAUCUGACGCCCCGGGCUAGACUCAGGAACUGGAUGGGCUACGAGCUCCCCUUCGACAGACACGACUGGGUGGUGGACCGCUGUGGCACCGAGGUGCGCUACGUCAUCGACUACUACGACGCCAGCGCAGUGGCCCAGGGGAAACAGGGCGACACCAUCCUGGACGUCAGGCCCGCCCUGGACUCACUGGGCGCCGUCUGGGACCGCAUGAGGGUCACUUGGUGGCGCUGGACCCAUUGA